UGUCUCUCUCUCUGUGUGUGUCUCUUCCUCUCUCUCUCACACACACACUCACUCACACACACAGGCUUUUAAAUAAACUACAUUUCCCAGAAUUCUCUGCACGCCUGUGGAGAACGUUAUCAGUCCCCCGAACUGUGAGAUCAGCGGCAAUGAAGAAGUUUUUCGACAGCCGACGGGAAGCAGUGAGUUCUGGGCCCGGUUCGGGGGGCACCGGGGCCGGGGGCGGCGCAGGAUCCGGCGGAGGAGGCGCCUUCAUCGGCCGCGUUUUCACCAUCGGCCGCUACCAGGUCACCGUGGAUGAGACAGUAGCUGAAGGCGGUUUUGCCAUCGUGUUUCUCGUGCACACGCAUCAAGGCGUCCGCUGUGCCCUGAAGAGGAUGUACGUGAACAACGAGCAUGACCUCCAAGUCUGCAAGAGAGAGAUUCAGAUCAUGAGGGAUCUGGUGGGAAACAAAAAUAUAGUCGGCUACCUGGACUCCAGUAUCACUGCCGUGGGGUCAGGAGACGUCUGGGAAGUUCUGAUAUUAAUGGACUUCUGUAGAGGUGGUCAGGUGGUGAAUCUGAUGAACCAGCGACUGCAGACCGGCUUUAGCGAGUCAGAAGUCCUGCAAAUCUUCUGCGACACGUGCGAGGCAGUCGCUCGUCUUCACCAGCGCAAAAUUCCCAUCGUCCACAGAGAUCUCAAAGUGGAGAACAUUCUGCUGCAUGACCGCGGACAUUACGUGCUCUGCGAUUUUGGCAGCGCCACUGACAGAUUCCAGGACCCUCAGGCAGAGGGGGCGGCCGUCGUAGAGGAGGAAAUUAAAAAGUACACUACUCUGUCCUACAGAGCUCCUGAGAUGGUCAAUCUGUACAGCGGGAAAGUCAUUAGCGCUAAAGCUGAUAUCUGGGCUCUAGGCUGCUUGCUGUAUAAGCUGUGUUUUUUCACGUUACCAUUCGGUGAGAGCCAGGUGGCCAUCUGUGACGGCAGCUUUACCAUCCCAGACAACUCACGUUAUUCACACGACCUGCACUGCCUCAUACGUUACAUGCUGGAGCCAGACCCUGACAUAAGGCCUGAUAUCUACCAGGUUUCUCAUUUCGCCUUCAGGCUUGCACACAAAGACUGUCCAGUACAGAACAUCCAUAAUUCUCCGAUUCCUACGAAGCUUCCUGAGCCAAUCAGAGCGAGUGAAGCGGUUGCCAAGAAGAGCCAGACUAAAGCCAGACUCACCGAUCCGGUCCCCACUACGGAAACCUCCAUAGCGCCACGGCAACGGCCCAAAGCGGGCCAGGCUCAGCCGGUCACAGGCAUGUUGCCCAUACAGCCCGCCCUCACGCCCCGCAAGAGAGCCAACGCCCCAGCCGCACCUGCACAGCCUAUCAGUGUGAACGUUGCCUCUCAGCCACAAAAGCCUCCGCAGCAAGCCACGCCCACGCCAGUGCAAGCCACGCCCACUCCUCCUCAAGCCACUCCCCAGCAGGCUCAGCUUUUCGUGCAGCCCCACCCUGCAGGUUUCUACCCUCCUCAGCAGCAGCUGUCACUCCAAGCACAGAACCUCUACCCAUCCCAUCAUCAGGGCAUCAUCUCACCUGCACCGUCUGCUGCACCUGCACAGGCAAGAACUAAAGCCAAGGCCCCUCCUCCUCCUCCUCCUCCUCCUCCUCCUUCUGCUUUACCCCAUGUGAAUGCACAACACCCUCCUCCACCAGCCCCAGUGCAGGCCAGAACCAAAGCUAUGGCCCCUGCGCCACCUGUGCAGUAUUCUCACAUCACACCCGGACACACAAAAAUGAAAGCUAUGGCUCCACCACCACCAACACCACCACCACCAAUCCAGCAACAGCAGCUACCAGCAGCUAACCCUGUGUCUAUCCCUCCAUCUUUUAAAGCGUCUUCUCCAUCACCUCCGGUCCUACAGGGGGCACCGGCUCCUGAUAUAAACUCUGAGGAUAUGCCGUUCGCAGGCGGGCGCUCGGGCCAAAAAGUGGGCUCCCUGACUCCGCCCUCAUCUCCUAAGGCGGCCCCUCGCUGGGGUCACAGGCGCAUUCUGAGUGAUGUCACACACAGCACCAUAUUCGGAGUUCCUGUCAGCAAGUCCACUCAGCUACUGCAGGCCGCUGCUGCCGAAGCCAGCCUCAACAAGUCCAAAUCAGCCAGCACCACCCCUUCCGGCUCCCCGCGCUCCUCUCAGCAGAGCGUGUACACAGCGGGCGAGGUCGGUACCCAGACCGCCACCCCUAUGGCAAAAGCUGGGGCACAGCCUUCCUGGAACCCAUUUGGUGACGAUAACUUCUCCAAACUUACAGCCGAAGAGCUGCUUAACAAGGACUUUGCCAAACUGGAUGCAAAAGCACCAGAGAAGUCCUCUACAGAGAACCUGAUCUCAGGUUUACAACCUGCAGCCCCAAGCAAAGGCCUUCCCCAGUGUACAGCCGCGAUGGAUACGCUUAUUCCCGGUCUGGAGUCUCUGCACACUGAUCCAGUGUUGCCAGAUGCCCUGGGUGGAGGGGAGUCUCUCCUCGGUGGUCUCCUGCUCUCUCAUUCCUUACCGGGAGUUCAGGUGCUGCCGUCUCCAAUGUCCUCCACCGGCGCUCAACCUUUGGAGCAGUUCCUUCCAGGUCCGGAGGCCAGUGCACAGCUCCAGCCGGCUCUGGAUCAGAACCCCGACAGCCAGUUUGACCCCAUUCCAAUGCUCAUCUCCAAAACCCACAGCCAAGGUGGUAGCAACAGUGGCAGCUCAGAGACCAGUCUGCCCAAUCUGGCUUGCUCCCUGCUGCUGGUGGACCAGCUCAUCGACUUGUAGAAGACACACAGAGAGAGAGAGAGAGAGAAAAAGAGAGAGAGAGAGAGAGAAUGAGAGAGAGGGUUAGAGGGACGACAAAAAAAAACUGCAGGGAAAAUGUGCAAUUCAUAAACAAAGCUAUAGUUUAGGUCAUGACUGAUACCAUAUAAUACUAUACAUGAUCCUGAAAGAUUGCAUCCUCCUCCUCUGUCUGUCUGUCGUUCCCAUUAUAUUUCUUCCUUUGAGUUGUCAUUUCCUUUCAAAUCCAUCACGCUGUACGAGAGACAGAGUAGGACAGCACAAAAUCUGUUCCACAAGAGCGCAAGGAUUUACAAGAGAUAACACUGAUAUCCAGUUGUACAGAUUAACAGCAAAUCCUUCCAGCAAUAGCAGUAAUUAGAUAUUGGGCCAUUUUAUUCAGGAGCUCUUGUUCGAUCGCGCAUACUGGCGUCUGCACAGCAUCGCACUUAUAAAAGUAUUGUACGAUGAUAAAACGUGGUCUUCAUGGCUUUUGAUUAUGUUUUGGGUUUUGUCCCAAUCCUAGCACACACGUGUCCUACCUGUCCUUACCGACGUCGGUUCCCAGAAUGUGGUGUUCAGGUUUUGGACACUAAAAUGACUUAAAUGACGCUGAUACGUUUAUGUGACCCUUUCCGAACGCUGAUACGUUUACGUGCCCCUUCGCCGAAGUGUAAAGCAGCCCUCAGUCUAAUACAUCUCCAGUCAUCUGCUCCAUUAUCGUACGUCUAGACGUUCCCCGAGGCCACAAAUCCAAUAGACUAUAUAUACACAUAUGCUAGAGGUAUUUAGCUCAGAACCACCUACAUAAAAUAAAGAGCUGGAUAAACUGCUAAUACGAGCAAAUAGUGACAGCAGCAACCUUUUAAUGGUUAAAGAUUUAUUUCAAGACGAUUCAAAGCGGUUGUGUGCUGCAUCGUGUCAUAUCCUAUAGCUGAUCUCUGAGCCGAUAAGUCAGGGAAGUCGUGGCCUAAUGGUUAGAGAGUCUGACUCCUAACCCUAACGUUGGGGGUUUGAGUCUCGGGCCGGCCACGACUCUCGGGCGCCUCAGCACAAAUGGCUGCCCACUGCCCCGGGUGUGUGUUCACGGUGUGUGUGUGUGUGUGUGUGUGUGUCUUCACUGCUGUGUGUGUGCACUUUGGAUGGGUUAAAAGCGGAGAACAAAUUCUGAGUAUGGGUCACCGUACUUAGCCGUAUGUCACGUCACUUAUAAGAUGCACUUGUACUGGUCACGUCCAUGUAUAUUAGAGCUGUGAUACAGCGCCCCCUAGUGCAGAGAGUUAUGAGCCUUGUUUGAGGUGCUUAAACACUCAACCUUCUGAUCAAUAAUCCAGAGGCUUACCCAUUGCUUCACUACUGCCCCAUUAACAGAACAACUUCAUCGAGCUGUGAAAGAGGAGAGCAGAAAGAGUCAGAAGCUCUGAACGCCGGGCAGAGCCUAAGCACCGACCCGAUAGGUUUUAUGAUCAAUGUUAUAUAAUAUCAUUUUGCAUGAUUCGGGCUCGUAGAACAUUCUAGCCUUAUGGGGGCACAACCAUACACAGGAAGUCCCUCUGCUCAGCGUCGCGUCUGCUUGCUAAUUGCUGUCCCGUCGAUUAAUAAUAAUGUUGACAUGCGCUCCGUACGUCGGUGCACGCGCAGUAUCGGCUCCGGACGUAUCAGCAGUAUUAGCACAUGAUAUCACGAUGUAUUCCCGCUGCUGUGUAUGCACAUCAAAUCUUUAAUAUGAUCAGAGAUUAGAAAUUCAGCUUUAUUGCUAUUCUCAGGACGUGUCAUCAUUAUCGUUUAUUGCCUCCGUGUCUUCUGCUUCUGAUUUGCUUUAUUCGUUUGUUCCUUCUUUUAAAGCUUGUCGCUUUCUGCCUUUCGGCUUUCAACCAAAUUUGCAUGACGUGCUUUAUUUAUUUAAUGUCUAUCGGGUUUAUGAAUGUUUUUGUUUUUAUUAGAGAGGAAAAAAAGCUGUAUGUUCAUAUCCAACAUUUGAAACUCAAUUGAAUUUUUUUUUAACAAUAGCUGUCAAUAUUGUUCUGCAUGAAUGUACAUCCACACAACCUACAUGACCUUAAUAUCACCUUUAUUACAGUCUAUGAAGUGCAUUAUUUUGUACAUCUGAAGAUCACAAAUCUGUGCUUUUCUUGUUCCUCUUCUCCUUGUGUGAGAUGAAUCACACAGUUUUGCUUUGCUGGGGAUCAUUGCUCUAUUAAUCAUUUUGUAUUUUUUCUAAUUUGUCAGCUGGAGGAGACUAAUAACUAGGUGAAGAGAGAACUUGAGCUGCAGUUUAAAUGUGCAGUUUGUAAUGUAUCCAAAUUUUCAGAUGUGCAGUGGGUGUGGUUACUUCAUCUUUGUUUAAAUUGUUUGAAUUGUUUCAAACUGUCCCUUUAAAUGAAAAUUACACUCUGUCUCUUUAAAUAAAAAUGACAGACUGACCCUUUAAAUAACAAUUACAGACUGCCCCUUUAAAUAAAAAUGACAGACUGACCCUUUAAAUAACAAUUACAGACUGCCCCUUUAAAUAAAAAUGACCAGACCGCCCCUUUCAAUAGCAAUUACAGACUGCCCCUUUAAAUAGCAAUUACAGACUGCCCCUUUAAAUAGCAAUUACAGACUGCCCCUUUAAAUAACAAUUACAGACUGCCCCUUUAAAUAAAAAUUACAGACUGACCCUUUAAAUAACAAUUACAGCCUGCCCCUUUAAAUAAAAAUGACAGACUGACCCUUUAAAUAACAAUUACAGACUGCCCCUUUAAAUAGCAAUUACAGACUGCCCCUUUAAAUAGCAAUUACAGACUGCCCCUUUUAAUAACAAUUACAGACUUCCCCUUUAAAUAACAAUUACAGACUGCCCCUUUAAAUAGCAAUUACAGACUGCCCCUUUAAAUAACAAUUACAGACUGCCCCUUUAAAUAACAAUUACAGACUGCCCCUUUAAAUAACAAUUACAGACUGCCCCUUUAAAUUAAAAUUAGAGACUGCCCCUUUAAAUUAAAAUUAGAGACUGACCUAGAGACUUUUACACUCUAAUUCCAAUUUUUUUUUUAAAGCUAGUUUUUUAAUCCAUUUAUGAGAGAUUAUAGAAAGAGAUUGUAGACAUCCCUCAUCCUUCUCUUUAGCCAGGGCUUAUGAUGGAAUCGACUUCCUGAGGUCGCUGCCCUGUUUCAAUCGAGUAUGAACUCUCUCCAUGCUGCAGGAAUCGGACGAUUCAAGCGAUACAGCCGUCCGUUGUACAUUCCGGUAACUGUAUAAUUAAUAUUACACAGACAGAGCUGCCAAGCUAGUAAAGCCGAGCCUGAGCGUGCCCUCAGAGAGCACGCUACAGAUGACAGGCCUUCACAGUUCCAACAUGUUAUUACAUUGAGAAUUCUGCUAACGUAGGAAAACAGCCUGCUACCUUUCACAGGCUGCCGCGUGCAUGCUGACGUCCUCGCUAAAGCACGAGUCUGUCGUCUACAUGUCAUCGAUAGUAACGUUUACAGUUUUAGUUUCGUUUUACCGCAUCAUUCCGUACCAAACUCUGAAGUGUUAAACGUAUUGCUGGUGUAAUUCUGUACAUUUUCUGUCGUAAACGUGUCCAUUCUCCUCGUUCCGUCGUAUCGUCCGGGUGUAUGCAGGUUGUAACGUGGCUGACCUAUGCAAUACUAUCCUCCAUACACACAACACUCACAUCUGCUAAGCUACUUAGCAUCACUGAUAGUUCAGCUCUUUCAUAUAGCGUCGUAUAGCUUAUUCCAUCCGGUUAGCAAAGCAUGACAAAAACACUCGCAGGUAUUUUGUCAAUCUGGAAGAUUGGAUGAUGUAUUUUUAUGAAAUAACGAUGAAAUGAUUGAGGUGUUGAAUAAACAUGUAAAUGUGAACAGA